AUGACGAUGCCUUCUCUCGUCGCAUCUUUCUCAAACUCGUUCGCGACGCAGACCAUAAAACCCAAUGAGAACAGAGGACGAAAGGAUAGUUUUUCAUCCAAAGAUCGUUAUUUAAGUCAAAACGUAACGUUAAAAUUAAAGUCGGAUGAUUGCGCGUUGGGAAGACGUAAACGACGCACACGAGGAGGAGGACGAAACGGAUCGUCUUCUUUCGUUGCCAUCUCUGCGAACGGUGAUGAUGUCGAUGUCGAUGUCGACGCACUGAGGAGACCGGGAAAGAAGACGACGAAGAAGACAAAGAGAGAAAAGAAACCUUUAAAGGAAAUCGCAUCGAAUUUAUUCACGGCGUUGAAACCGGUGCGUUUGCGAGACGACGACAGCGAAGCCGCGCAGGAGCUGAAAGCUAUUCUGGAACUCGCUCGAAGUCGUCCAAGCGACGAAGGCGAUAACGGUGACGUGAGCGGCGUCCGAGAACGCAUUCGGGCGGAAGCAAAAAAGAAAGUCGGCACGACUGUCGCGAAGUAUUGGAAGGCGAAGUUUAAGGAGUUUGGAGAGUCCGAGGCGGUGAAAGACGCGGCGCCGUUGAUGGGGAGCGCGGUGAACGUGGCGGUGACCGGGUUAGUUUUAAGGAUAUUUUUACCGCGGUUGGCGGCGUUGAACGCGGUUGGAGGGUUCGACGAGUUGGCGGAGUUCUUCGGGAUACCACCGAGAGACGAUUUGAUUGGAUACUUGGAUCAGAUUAACGGUCAGCCGAUGAUUGCUAUUUUUGGUAUUUACGUUUUACUCUUCUUCGCGGAAAAAGUGACGAUGACGGAUGAGUUCUUACCGAUUGGAUUUGUGUUGCCGGUGUUGUCGCCGAUGGUGUUUGGGAACGUGUUGAACGGAACGGUGUUGACGUCGUUGGCAUCGACGAUUGCGGCGAGCGCAAACUUUUGGUUGGGAAGAACGGUAUUGCGAGAGAAAGCGCUCAACUUCAAAUGGUUUUCCAAGGACGGAGAGCCGACGAGAGAGAGAAAAUGGUACCAAGCGUUGGAUAGACGAUUCAAUUCGGAGAAUUGCCCGGAUCAAGUCGUCCCGGAAGGAUUCAAAUCGGCGCUGUUGUUGAGGUUGUGUCCGAUUUUACCCAUUCCAAUCAGCGGUAACUGGUACGUGUGUGGCGUGACAAAGUUGAAGUACUGGGAGUUUUUCGCGGCGCACUUCAUCGGGAGCUCCAAGACGGCGUUUAUCGACGCGUAUUUAGGAAGCAUCAUUUUGCGCACGAUUUUGUCCCCCGAAGUCGACGGCGUGAGUGGAGCGGUGAAAGAACAAGCGAAAAAUGCGGUUAUAUUUGAAACGUGCGCGCUUUUAGGCGUUUCGAUUUUAGUUUCCACGUACGCGACGCAGUUGUUCACGGACAUUCUGGACGAGGAAGGCGUAGACGCGGACAGUUUUGGUUUCGGUAAUAAAGAAGAAGAAGAAGAAAAACAAGAAACGACGACGACGAACGCGUUCGCGUUCGUCGGCGCCGCCGCGGCAUCCACGGACGACGACGAAAACGAAGGAACUUCAUCACCCGAAGCGGCAGAAACCGAAGAAGACAAAAAACUCAACCGAGCGCUCCCGGGCGAAUCCUUCGAUUUGAUGUCCACGGACGAAGACGGUGAAGUCUUCAUCAACGCCGGCGAUUAUUUAUCUCGACAACGCGCGUUAGAAUCUGGCGAUUUCGACGCGUUGGCGGAUAUGGAUAAGGCGUUUGAAAAGUUGAGCGAAGUCGACGACAUGGGUCCGGACAUGUGA